UUUUUGAGCUCUUACAUGUAUCUGGAGGACUGAUAAAACAUUAUCCCCAUUUACAGAAGCAGAUACUGAGGCCCACUGAGGUUAGGUGGCAGCUCAGAACGCAAAGCUAGGGUGGCACAGACAGGAAUGAAGCCCCGGACUUUCGAUCCUAACAGAGCUCUUCUGCGAGCCACGUCCAGAUACCCACGUUUGACUCCACUCUGUCCGUACGAACUAGGAGACGGAGACUUUCCCUGAAUUCAAAUGGGCCCGUACAGUUAGUUAAGAGCCAGUGGGCCUCAGUGUCCCCGUGUGCGACAAAUGCCAUCUCUCCUGCUACCAGUGCUAGGACAAAAGAGAGGAUGGCAACACCCCUGGAAGGCAAGGAAAGGGAGGCUCUGGCGCAGGUCUUCCGGCCGCCCGGUGGCGGGAGGAAAUAAAACCGCGGCAGGGGCGGGUUUUCCGCGGGGCCUGCCCUGGAGUAUGCGAGCCCGCCCUGCUGGAGGGCUUACGCGGCCAUGGCACUCCCGCUCGCUGCUCUGCGUGUCCUGCUAGGCUGCUUCUUCGCGCUCACGGGGGCGGCCAAGCUCUCGGAGCAGAUCGCAGCUCCCGCGUCGCAGCAGAUGAAAGCCCUGUUCAUCCAGUUCGCUGAGGUGUUCCCGUUGAAGGUGUUCGGCUACCAGCCAGAUCCCAUGAGCUACCAAGUGGCUGUGGGCUGGCUGGAACUGCUGGCUGGGUUGCUGCUGGUCCUGGGUCCACCGAUGCUGCAAGAGAUCAGUAACUUUCUUUUGAUCGUGCUCAUGAUGGGGGCUAUCUUCACUUUGGCGUCUCUAAAAGAGUCACUCAACACUUGCAUCCCAGCUAUCAUCUGCCUGGCACUCCUACUGCUGCUGGACAUCUGCCAGCUCUUAGUCCAACCUAAGAAGGUGGUCAGACGUACUAGGAAGAAGACUCGAAGUGCAUUCAAGAAAUCCUGAGAGUAGAGUGUCUCUUGCCUCUCUGUGCCUUGUCACUGUCCCAGCAGGAACAUGGUGGAACACACAGAAUCCGUCACCUUGUUACCAAUACAAUACAUCUAGGGUCAAAAUACGGCCAGUGUUGAAACAGACAUCUUGUCUACCCUGGCCCUGCUUCCGCUCAUGGACAUUUACUGCUGUGUUUUGACAUUUACUAGCAUUCCCCUUGUCCUGUGAAAACAGAAAAUAAGCAGAAAAGAAAUUUAAAUCACCCAACAUUUAAAUGCCCCAAAAUAACUCGUUUCAAUUCCUUUGUAUAACUAUACCUCUCAGGUUUUUUUCUAUGCUUUUAUGCAGAUAUUUUAAAAUUAAAAAUGAGACCAUAUAUACUACUUUAUUACUCACUUUUUAAAACUAAUAUACUCUUUCAUAUCUGUUUUACAUUGUCGAUGUUAAUAUCUGUAGUAUUCCAUUGUGAGGAUGUGUUUACUCAAGCCCCCACUGAGGAAUAUUUAGAUUGUUCCCAAUUGUUUGCUAUUAUAAACCUCACAGUAAAUCACCUUUGCAUAUGUAUUUUCUUUCCCUACAAGUGAAGGUCCUGGUUCAAAAGGUAUGCACGUUUUUAAGGUUUUUAUUACAUACUUAAAAUUUGCACAUAGUGGCAGAACAUUAGUGCCUGCUUCUGCCUGUGCCCUUGAGUCAUGUGAGGUAUUUCCUCCCAUUUCUUUUUAUCUCGGGCACUUUAGAUUUGCAAAGCUAACAGAGAUGGGCAUUGAGUCAUUUUACAGGACCUGAAGCUGCCAGCCUCUGGUGGUGAGGUGGGGCACUCAGUGCGUUGCUCCUUGGACACCUACGAGGAGGCAGGGGACAGCCAACUCCAAGGGACGUUGCCUGUUGAA